AUGCAAUAUUGUUUGUUAGGUAAGAAAAGAAAAAAUAGGCUCUUCACUUUAAUUAUGCUGCUGACAGUCCUGCUAAUGGUAUAUUAUUCGGUUGACUUGUCCGUACCAGUUCAACAUAGUAGUAGUGAUAGAAGUAAUAGUUGCGAUCGUUGCUUGAGUUAUUAUGAGACUCUCGAGCCUGGGUGGUCGAAUGACUUCUACGACGUAAAUCAAAAAAGUUUGGCUCCUGCAGAGGAUGUGAUUAAACUUGUCACCAGGAUCAUCAUUUUUUCCAAAUGCUUGCAGCAGGGUGGUAGGCGUAAUGUUCAACGUCUGCGAAAUGUUGAAAAGAGGCUGUUUCCGUAUAUCAACUUUGAAAGAUUGGAAACAGAUGAGACCAACUUUUGGCAUUCACAUACAAGAUGGAAUGGUGAAGUUCAUCAUGCUUCUGUGAUGGAGUUUGACCGCAAAGGCCACCAUUUUGUUCGUUCUAGACCCAUCAAUUUUGAUACAGGUCUAUCUUUUUGGGAAAAUUGGUUGCAGAGGAUAACUCAAAGUGGUUCAAGAGGGAUAGUCAUCAGUGCUUCUGACACGCAGUUGGACGAGACUGUAAGGCUAUUGAAAGUUUUACGAUAUUUCAAAAAUGAUUAUCCUAUUCAAAUUGUUCAUAAUGCAGACCUGAGUCAAGAUUCCAUCCGAUUGCUUGUUAAAUACGGAAGAAGUGAGGAUACUCCAGAGUAUCCUGCUCAAGAAAUAUGGUUUUCGAACGUGCGUAACUUGCUAAGUCCGAAAUAUUCCAACAAAUUCGCGACAUAUUCCAACAAAUGGUUGGCAUUGAUUUUCUCGUUCUUCGAAGUUCCUAUUUUGCUGGAUUCAGAUACUGUGCCAUUUGUUCCGAUAGACGAGUUUUAUAAACUAGAGGAAUUUCAAAGGACCGGGGCUUUAUUCUUCAAAGAUCGGAUAAUAUCGAAUGACCUCUUUGAAUCAUCUCAACUGGACGUUCUAAAAGAGAUUAUUCAUGGGUGUAUUGGACUUAAUUUGACAGAUGAGUCUGACAUACAUGAAAAGAUAGAAGAUCCGACGGUUGUACAGGUGUUGGAAAACAUGCUAAUAAAGAAGCACAAGCAUCAUUUGGAGAGCGGCCUGGUAGUACUGCAUAAGGACAAGCAUCUCUUCAGUGUGCUUAUCUCAGUGGCCUUACAAUUUUCUCCAAUUUCAGAGUAUUUUCAUGGUGAUAAAGACUGGUUUUGGAUGGGCGAGUUAUUGUCAAACAACCACUUCACUUUCCACCCGGUGGAUGCAUCAAAUAUUGGUCAAUUUGGUAAUGUCGUUUCAAAGGAAAGCACUGGUGAAUUUUACCAGAUUUGUUCCGUGCAAUUGUCUCACACAGAUAAAGACGGAUCAUUACUAUGGCUAAACGGAGGUCUCAAUGUCUGUAAAAAGGCCUCAUGGGAAUAUGACUAUGAGCAUAGCCAGAGACUAGCGGACAUGUUCCAAGAUGCGGAAGCAUUACGCAAAUAUUACCAAUCGCCAGUAAAAUUAGAAGGAAUUAUAAUUCCAGACGCUAAUAUAUCAGGAUGGGUUAAGUCAGGGGAGUGUUUUAUGUUCAACUAUUGCACGCUAUUUAAGGAAGCACAGUUUGGAAAGGCCAUCAAGUUCAAGGAGUCGGAGAAACGCCGAUUUUCAGAAAUUGUUAGAAUUUGGAAUGAAAAUGUAUUCUGA